GCAUACUAGUGAAGUGCUGAAUUGAUUUUAGCUCAAGUUAUUUUAUCAAAAUGAACUGACUCUCUUGGGUUGUUUGAAUAUUUUGUAUGAUAAUAUUAAAAUAUAUAUUGUACGUUUCUUUGUGGUUACACUAACUCACUUUGUAAGUCAUUUUUUCUGCGCAUUUCGGCUUAUUAAGUACAGUACACUCACUUAAGUUAUUCACGGAACUGACUCGUUUUCCUGACCUGAAUGAAAUGUCUCAUCACUAAUCGUCAAAUUGACAGCUAGCCACAGAUUAACAAAUCAACUUUUUUGUGUGAAGUUUUGUUUGAUUUUUGUUUUUACAUGAAAAAAUGAGUUUUUAAUAAUUAUUUUACGUUAAUUUCACAUUGAGCUAAGAAAUCAUACAUCUAUUGAGUGCUACGGAUGUUAUUAGAAGAAUACGUUGCGUAGUUUAGGUGAAAUUCGAACAUUCUUUGUGGUAACAGUGGCCGCUGCCUGAGCGCAGCAAAAUUAGCUGGGAAAACAGCUAUUAUAACGGGAUGUAACACUGGGAUCGGAAAAGAAACUGCUUUGGAUUUUUAUAAAAGAGGUGCGCGAGUUAUCAUGGCAUGCCGCAGCAUGGAAAGGGCCGAAGAAGCAAAGAGCGAGAUUGAAAAGCGGUGCAAAGACUUCCCUGACACUGGCAACCUAGUCUUGGAGAAGUUAGACUUAAAUUCUUUAAGCUCAGUGCGUGACUUUGCACAAAAAAUAAUAGACACAGAACCACAAGUCAACAUUCUGGUGAACAAUGCAGGUGUCAUGAUGUGUCCCAAGGGAGAGACUGAAGAUGGAUUUGAAAUACAAAUUGGAACCAAUCAUCUAGCACAUUUUCUCUUAACUCUGCUAUUACUGCCGCGAAUCAGAAGUAGUAAACCAGCACGAAUUGUGACUGUCUCAUCUAGAGCACAUAUUAGAGGCACAGUCAAUUUUGAAGAUAUAAAUUUUAAACAGAGACCCUACAGUGCUGCUGAAGCGUAUAAGCAAAGCAAACUUGCAAAUAUAUUGUUUUCUAAAGAAUUGGCUUUGAAGCUUAAGGAGCACAACAUAGAUGGUGUAAAUACAUACAGCUUACACCCAGGAGUAAUAAAGACUGAACUAGGUCGGCACCUGAACAACAGUCUAUUCUGGGGAGCACGGCCAAUCAUAGGUUUCUUGCUGUCCCCAGUUAUGAAGUCUCCAGAGCUUGGAGCACAAACUACCAUUUACUGUGCUCUUGAUGAGAAAUGUGCUAAUGAGACUGGAUUAUAUUAUAGUGAUUGUGUGGUUGCAAAUCCAUCACAAAGAGCGCAGGAUGAGAGUCUAGCUAAGAAGUUGUGGGAACUAUCAGCAAAGCUUGUGGGUCUUGGUGACUACAAUCCAUUCACAGCUCCAGACCCAGGAGUAAAGGCUAAAUAAAAAUAAAGAAGGGGUAUGCAGAGGUGUAUAGUAUCUACACCCACUCCUCACCAGCUAUAUUCAAGUUCCAUGUAUAAAUAUGAUUUUAUGUAUGAAUUUUAUGUAACAUAAGAUGUUACAUUUAUUUAUUUAUUAUUUUAAGUGCAAUGCAACUUAAUAUUAUAUUUUAAGAUUGUAAUAGACUGCCUUAAUCAUUUUAAUUUGUUGGUGAAGGUUUAAUUA